AUGCGAAUCUUUGUGUCCCUUAUCUUUCUCUACCCCAUCUCUUGCACAUUUUUCCUUCUCCCAGCUAUCGGAACCUGUAAACAAUUGGAGUAUCCAUAUCAAUUUGGCUCCAUUUGGAUUUAUUAUUAUGGAGCGGCAUUUGGGCUUAGAAACUCGACAUUCUACUUGGCAAAUACUAUCAUUUGGCUGUCACUUGCUAUCAUAGCCAAUGUGACACUUUUCUAUAAGUUAGAAAAAGCAAAAGAGCGAUUGAUUACGGUACAAAGAAGUGGGAUAUCAUUUAGAGCACAAGUUUCGAUUUCAAAGACUACGGUGGCGAUGAUUAUAUUUUACAUGACGAAUGGAGUUUUUAUUGUGGACAUGACUACUCCACCGGAUACUAUCCAUUUCAAUCAGACCUAUCUAAACUAUCAAUAUGAAUACAACGGAUUCCCAACUAUUCUGGCAGUCGUCCCUUGGAUUUACAUGCUUCCAACCAUUUUCGUCAUCUUCAAAAUCACCGCAGUCCUCUUCACAACUGAUUGGGAUCAGUUGGAAGCUGGAAAGAAUCAACACGUUUUCCUUGUGAUCACUCUGGUCCAGAUCUCUUGCUUUUUGUUUUUCUUAUUCAAUUAUCUUCUUGUUCGACUUCCGGCAACUGGAUUAUUCACUUCGUGGUGUGCAGGAAUUGCACCCAAUUCGUGGCUCUUGGUGGUCUCAUUUUUAGCCUCAUAUACGAAUUAUUUGGCAAUGAUCUACCCGUUGUUCAUGCCAGUGGUUCGGUUGAUCAUCCUAAUACAUCCAAAAGCUCAUGGAAAGAUCAACACAAUAAUCAUGUACAUCGCUGUGCCAUUUGGAAUAAUCUAUCCGAUUCUCUUCACAUUCUUCCUAAUCCCAGCCAUUGGUGUCUGCAAGCAAUUGGAGUUUCCAUAUCCAUUCGGAUCUAUUUGGAUUUAUUAUGUUGGUCCGGCUUUUGGGCUUCGAAACACGCCAUUCUUCCUCGGGAAUCUCUCCGUCUGGUUGGGUCUUUCAUGCAUUGCCAACGUUCUUCUAUUCAUAAAAAUAGCACAUGCCAGAGAGCAAUUGUUCACUCAACAGACGAGUGGAGUAUCAUAUAAAGCUCAAGUAUCAAUCACAUAUACCACAAUUGCUAUGAUUGUGUUUUACGUGACUAAUGGUCUCACUCUGCUCUCCUAUUAUCUGUUCUACGGAACUCAUUCCAUAAUGGCCUACACAAUGCUGGCUCGUCCAUUUGGAAACGAUGCUCAAGCAUGUCUGGUCUCUUGGAUAUUCUACAAAACUCAUCCGGUUUUCAAAAAGACCCCGGUCACGAAUGGCGCAUUCGAAAGACGAGUGGCAACGGCUUAA